GUGGUGACCAUGUCGACCCCUGCUAGGAAGAGGCUGAUGAGAGAUUUCAAGAGGCUGCAACAGGACCCGCCUGCAGGAAUCAGUGGUGCCCCCCAGGAUAACAACAUAAUGCUGUGGAAUGCUGUCAUAUUUGGCCCUGAUGACACUCCAUGGGAUGGAGGUACGUUCAAGUUGACUCUCCAAUUUACUGAGGAUUAUCCAAAUAAACCGCCAACUGUACGGUUUGUGUCUCGCAUGUUUCAUCCCAAUAUUUAUGCUGAUGGAAGUAUUUGUUUGGAUAUAUUACAAAAUCAGUGGAGUCCUAUAUAUGAUGUGGCUGCUAUACUCACAUCUAUCCAGUCAUUGCUGUGUGAUCCCAACCCAAAUUCUCCUGCAAACUCUGAAGCAGCUCGUAUGUUUAGUGAGAACAAGCGUGAGUACAAUCGAAGGGUGAGGGAAAUUGUGGAGCAGAGUUGGACAGCCGAUUAAGUUCAUCCUUUUAUGCUUGUGGGUCAAAAGUCUGUCUGAAGCUUUGAAAGCAUGAAUUAGGUUGCAAUGGCACCUAUAAGAAUGAUUGUGCAAACUCAUCAAAUUUAUAUUCCCAGUUGAUAUGAAUGAUAGCAUCACGUUAUCUUUAAUUUAUUGUAGCUUUUGGCAUUACUCGGCAGUUAAUGUAAAAUAUAAUUAUGCGUGUCAAUGUACUUUGAAUUGUUAUCAACAUGUGGUUCAACAUAAAAGUUGUAGUUUGCUAAAUUUGUUAUCACAGGUUUGAAAAUUAGCUUCA